AGGCCAAGUGUUCGCAAGUGCAAGCGGCGCGCACUUCACGGCGGACCGUCGCCGGUGUUCGAGCGGGCGCGAGAGCGACGCGCUUCAAGUCAGUUCAGUCGUGCUCCGACCUUCGUUGCGGUGGGGUCGCGUUACGCUUCUCGCUCCGUCCGGUUCGCCCGGUCUUGCCGUCUACGAUACGAUACGCGUGAUCGUUCUCCUCCGUGACCGCGUUAUCGCGCCCGUGUUACCGUGUGUUACCGUGGAGUGACGUACGAUCGUAAACGCGCGAGUGUCGCGUAAUCGCACUCGGUUCGGUUCGGUUCGAUCGUCAGUGCAAAAGUACGCCAUUACACGAGGCCGCUUGUCGACACGGUGGACGGUGCUCGACACGAGAGAUCAUCAUCGGUGGAUGCUUCUUACGUCUCUUCAGCUGCCGCGGGAUCGUCUCAAGGACUGCCAAGUAAAUUGAAUAGAGACGAGUGGAGCAGUUAACUUCGAGGACUUCGAAAUAGAUAUGUGCGUCGAAGAUCAACCGGACGUUGUUCGCCAAUGACGCAGGCAACGGUGACGAGGUGACAACGAGGAACGGUAACGCACACAGCCAACAAUUGAUUGAAAAUGGCCAAGAGCGCUGAGAGAUUGCCCAGUACCUCCACCAGACUUAGGACCAGGGACGACGGUUGCUGUUCCGUGAAUUUCUUGAAAUACGUUCUUCACAUAUACAACGUGGUGCUGUUUCUGUCCGGACUGGUGGUGGGUGGCAUCGGUAUCUGGACAGUAGUGGCGAAGCACAGCUACGUGUCCCUGAUGUCCACCUCGACGUAUCCCACUUUGGCCUACGCCUUGAUCGUCGCAGGUGUACUGGCUGUCAUCGGUAGCUGGCUCGGAUGCGGCGGGGUAACUUCUGAAAAUCGAUGUGUCCUCCUCGUGUACGUCUUCGUGGUGAUGGCGGUGCUCGUGCUGGAGGCCGGGGUCGGCGCGCUCGCGCGUCUUUACGAGGAACAAGUCGGCCCAGAAUUGAAGAUGAAUUUGAACCGCACCUUCCUCGAGAACUAUUCGGUACGAUCCAGGGAGACGGCGGCCAUCGACCAGAUGCAGAAAGAAUUCAAAUGCUGCGGAGCGUUAAGAUUCGAGGAUUGGCUCGUGAGCGAGUGGCAUAAGGAUGAGAAGGUCCUGAAGAACGGCAGCGUCGUGCCUGACAGCUGCUGCAAGACGCCAACAUUUCUUUGCGGGAAAAGGGAUCAUCCUUCCAAUAUUCAAUACACGGGCUGCAUUUACAAGUUCCUGGAGACGACGAAGGACCACUUGAUAAUCCUGGGCGCCGUCGGACUCGGCCUAUCAGUUCUCGAGCUUUUCGGCAUCGUUCUCGGCUCCUGCCUUUAUAUAAAGCUCAGGCACGACUUCGAUGACUGAGAAUUGCUUCCAUGCCCCGAGGGCAACAACAACGGCCAGUCGUGGUGCAGGUAUAUGCAGAACAACCCGGGGACCGUUUGAUCGUCGGAGUAGGGGCGGGAGGACGCGCAAUUGCAACCGCAGAAUUGCCUGGACGACGGAUAUCGUUCAUCCGCGGCCGCAAACCCUCGUUUGCGACUCCCUCCUCUUUCCAUAACUCUCAGAAAGGCAUCAACAAAGUGAAAACGGAAGCGGCGAAGACGAAACCGUGCUGGCUUCACGAAAUAUCGUCUCGCUUCUCGCGAUUGGACGAACAAUCGAAGGGAGAAGUGAAAGUUUAAGGAUAAAAACACGUGUAGGAACCUAUCGAGCCAUCGUCUUGGAUCGCGAUUUGAAGAUAAAAGAGGUGCUUGUCGCCGUUGUCUGCACACUGAAGUUGGUUUAAACUACGAACAUUUCCUCAAGAAUAGUAUCAUUACGCGAAGGGAAACGUAGAAUCUCUAGAACGAGAAUUACUUCCAAAAGUCGACGGACUUUGUUCUUGCUUUCCAUUUACGUUGUAAUGAUACUAUCUUUGUGGCGUGGUUGCAGGAAUCUUUACGAGAUCGGAGCAAUACUUUGCUCCGAGUUAAAUCUGGCUUUAAUGUCUUCUAAAACAGCGUUGCCACGCAAGAAAUUAGGAAAACAUAAACGAUUUUGAAAUGUGGAGAAUGUGUGGAUUGCACGCUGGACCAGUAAAAUCGUCUCGAAUAUGCGUCUGAGAUCAUUCGUGAUCAACAAAUCAAUUGUGUAAUUUAUGACUAGCGCGAUUGUAAUUCUCGCUGUGACAAUGGAGUACGAAUACUUUCUGUGGUAUUUUAUCGCGGAUAGGAAUGAACUCGGACCCCUUUUUAUAACGCGUUGUCAGACGUGACGUUAAAUACAUACCCGCUAAUCUCCGCCGAACGUAAUAUUUUUUACACAAGCUCGACGAAAAUUUCGCGUAAACGACGACUUCGCUCGAUACUGCCAUUUGCGAAUUUGCACAAUUUUUCAUUCGGGUCAAGUGUACCGAUUUUUAGUGAUUCUAGUGAUAAGCCAUGACAAGGAGAAAUUCUUUCGCGUAUCAUAUACAAUCGUCUAACUUCUCCCACGUAACAAAGAGAUCUGAUCCGGUCGAGUAAUGUCAAUUUUUCUGCAAUCGGAUUGCGCGCAUCAUCGAAUCCAGUUACGUGCACGAUUCUUUACGCGUUCUCCGCGCGUUCAAUGGACAAGCAGUAAUCGGAUUAUCAUCCGCCAUAAAUGCGAUGACGGAUUGGCAGCGCGAAGACGAUACUAAACUCGACUUAGACAUCGGAUAGAACUGUAAACAGUGCCUUGAUGAUAUAUUUGUUAAGCUCAGAGAUAUUUUAGCGUACGCGUGAAAGAGAAAAUGCCGUGGCGGCGCGGUGUAUAUUGUUGAGGAAGAACCAGCGAGGGAAAAAAUAAGAGAGAGACUAGCGUGUAAUAAAUUUCACCCAGACGGCAUGUAUAUAUCUAUCCGUUGCUUCGCGAAUGAGUACAAGCCUUUGCACAUUAUUUAUAAUAACGAACGCUUCCUUUCUCGUAUAACGAGAGCGCGGCCGCUUGAAUCAGCGAUUGCGAGUCACUGAAAUCUCUCCGUUCUAACGUAUUUAACGACGAUUGCCCAUUUGUCUUCUCGUCGCGUUCGCGUUUAAGAAUUUUGAUACGUCAUUUAUUUUCGGCACCGACAGCACCGAAACGACGACUAUUAUCUCUCAAUUGCGGAUUCUGCCGAUUGCCGCGCUCGAGAAAGUCCAAACAUAUUUUACUACUGUAUUGUGUCAUAUGUUAUUUUAAUCUUAAUAUAUAUUAUUGUCCUCUCUUUGCUAUUAUGUACACAUAAAUAAAUAUAUAUAUAUAUAUAUAUAUAUAAAUAUAUUAUCGAUUAGCAUGUAGGUAAACUUUAUACAUAUUGUACAUAUCAAACGCUAUUCUGUUACGAAUAAAUGUUUAAACUG